UCUUGCGCAUGCGCAGUGCGCACCCAGCUGUCAACGUCUGGUGCCCACAGUAUAGGAAGGAGAACUCUGUGGAAGUCCGCAGUGUCUGGUCAUGCCCUGUACUGUCUGCAGUCUCUGGUCAUCUCCUGUACUGUCUGCAGUCUCUGCUCAUCUCCUGUACUGUGUCCGUAGUCUCUGGUCAUCUCCUGUACUGUGUCCGCAGUCUCUGGUCAUCUCCUGUACUGUGUCUGCAAUCUCUGGUCAUCUCCUGUACUGUGUCCGCAGUCUCUGGUCAUCUCCUG